AUGCAAGGGCCACAGCAGGGUCCCUGGCCCCGAUUUGUGCCUGUCAACGCAGUGAGGGCAUGCUGCUGUCCCCCAGAUCGGGUCUUCAAUGACUCCAGACGAACUGCUGUGUUAUUCCCAGCAGCUUGCUGCAUCUUGAUUCGGGCGCAGCCGGUGUGCCAGGCGUACGUUGAUCAUCGACGACGACGUCGGACUCACAGAGGCUCCCGACCGGCCAGGCAACACACCGAACUACUUGUUGAUGCUGACAUGUUCAGCAUUCGGACUACACGGAUCGCUAUCAGAUUGUUGGAAGACUCUGGCCAUGUGGUAAACACAACCAUCUAUGCACCGGCAGGACGCCAGCAGAACAAGAAGUGGCUGAAUUUCAUGCAUGAAUUAGAGAUUGGCUUCCAGCCUGUUGACAAGCAACAAACAGGAGGUCCGUCAGGAGAAGAGGUUGACGAGGCAAUUUCUUUAGCUGUUCAGGACUCAUGGACUGCCGCAGAAGUGGAUUGCAUCGCGCUACUGACUGGGGAUGCUGGCUACAUGGACAUCAUGCAAAGCACACUCGAGUACGGAAGGCAAGCCAUCGUCCUGGCUGAGGAAACCAGUCGGGCGAUCCUUUCCAAGUACGCGGACAUUGGUGUGAGCGUAGCUGCAUUGCCAAAGGAGCACGAAGGUUUCAUCGGCGUACAAGCAUUGUUGCAUGCUGAUGGCAGUGGAAGUGUCAGGGAGACGCACCUGGAGGUUCCUCGUACACCAACAGAUGUCGCCGACCGGAGGGCCGAAGUAUUGAUGCAGUUCAUGUCUGAUUUGGGUUACCGCCAAGACAGCGGAUACCUCAUGCAAUCCGCUGCGAAAUUCUGGUUCGAGAAUUCGCUGGGCGAUCUUACAGUUUUCCCACAGAGCUGUGGUCUGAAAGAUGUUUCUGAGGUUAUUGCUGCAUCCAGGUGCUUCUCUCAGUUCAAGAAAUACAACUUUGAUUUGGCUUUUUUGGUUCCAGUAACUUCACGGUCGGGCUCGAAAGAAAAGGGCCGUCGCAAUCACGGCAGCAUGCUUGCGCGGGCAGUUUUUCGCGGGGGUGGACCUGCAAUGCUACGGGAUUCGGAAAAGCUCACCAUCCAAGCGCUCAGGAAGCUUGGCUAUUUGGAUGGCAACUUAAACUCGGACGUGACAGAGGCCGUGCUGGCUUUUGUCAACAGACCCGCGAACAAGCAUACGCUUCGCAAGCUUGAGAUGUUACCUGUGGCAAUGGACAAGCUGUCGGACGUUGAUGAGAAGUUAAGGGCCGCGUUUUUAUCCCACGCAGCUAAAGGCCACUGGCAGGUGCCAGCUCAAGAUCUCGAAGUGCGUCAGCUCCUCCAACGACUUGGCUUCCUGUCCUCAUCAGCAAAUCGCCCAAAGACCGUUUCGAAGGCAAUGCGCGAGUAUGCACAGCAAGAGGGGCUGCCCUGGAGGAGGACAUACAACUUGAAUGUGUUUCAGAUCAUGCAUCAUGCCAACACGAAUCCCAACAAGGCAGGAUGGGUCGAGUUUCAAAGUUGA